UCACAUCCAAGGAAGCCUGGCUACCGAGAGCUCUCAGCAUCUUGCUUCCUGCUCCUGCACCAUGAAAAUCCUGAUCUGUGACCUCCUGCUGCUCAGCCUCUUCUCCAGCGUGUUCAGCAGUUGUCAGAGGGACUGUCUGACCUGCAGAGAGAGGCUCCAUCCAGCCCUGGACAGCUUCAACCUAGAGAUGUGCAUCCUUGAAUGUGAAGAGAAUGUUUUCCCAAGCCCUCUCCUAACUCCAUGCACCAAGGUCCUGACCAGGAGAUCCUGGCAGCUCAGCCCUACUGACCCAGAACAUGCAACUGCUGCUCUUUACCAGCCAAAAGCAUCUGAGAUGCAGAAUCUGAAGCGAAUGCCCCGCACCAGGAGCAUAUUCCAAGAACAGGAGAACACACAGCCUGGCAUGGAUGAUGCUGGAGAGAUGGAGCAGAAGCAGCUACAGAAGAGGUUCGGGGGCUUCACCGGAGCCCGGAAAUCAGCCCGGAAGCUGGCCAAUCAGAAGCGGUUCAGUGAGUUUAUGAGGCAGUACCUCGUCCUGAGCAUGCAGUCCAGCCAGCGACGGCGCACCCUACACCAGAAUGGUAAUGUGUAG